UAAGGCCUCUGCCGUUUCCUUCCUGCUGAAAUCUCUCUUCUCCUCAGGCUGACAUGCGGUUCUCCUGAACCCCAGACUCCUAGAGGAGGCUCAGCUGUUCCAAAUAAGGCCUUCACCAGAAAGCCAAAAGCGGACACCAAUCUUUGGUCCCACUUAGGUUUGAUGAGCCCAAAUACAGUCCCUUUACCUUCGCCUGGGCAGAGGGAAGGGGCUUGGCUACUUCUGCUUUCAAGAGUCAGGAGCAGAGGCCUAAAAUGGAAACAGCUGAGAAGAAAGGAGCCAAGUCAAAAACAACAUCCAGCUGAAAGAGGUCAGGCCCGAUAAGCAGGCUGACCACAGGCUUGAAAAAGAGGUCAGGCCCCAGGAGCCGAGCUGGAGCAGUGAGGCGUGUUUCUGCCAAGGGAAGACAAUGGCCUGUGAGGUAGAAGAAAUGUCAAUGAUUAGGAGUUUUGAAGGAUUCCAGCCUGUAUCCCUGAAGCAAGAGGGAGAUUACCAACCCUCUGAGACUGACCAGCUGUCCACGGAGGAGGGGGACCCAGGCAUGGACCCAGAGCCAAGGCAGAUUUCAAGGCAGCCAAGUGUGACCGAAUCAACACUGUACCCCAAUCCUUAUCACCGACCUUUUGUCUCACGGAAGUACUUUGCUACACGGCCGGGGGCCAUUGAGACUGCCAUAGAAGACUUGAAAGGCCACAUAGCCAAGACUUCUGGAGAGACAAUUCAAGGCUUCUGGCUCUUGACAGAGAUAGACCACUGGAACAAUGAGAAGGAGAGGAUUUUGCUGGUCACAGACAAGACUCUCUUGAUCUGUAAAUAUGACUUUAUCAUGCUCAGCUGUGUGCAGUUGCAACGGAUUCCCCUGAGCUCUGUCUACCGAAUCUGCCUGGGCGAGUUUGUCUUCCCUGGGAUGUCACUGGACAAGAGACAAGGAGAAGGCCUUAGGAUCUACUGGGGGAGUCUGGAAGAACACUCCCUCUUUUCCCGCUGGAACCCAUGGUCCACUGAGGUGCCUUAUGCGACCUUCACUGAGCAUCCCAUGAAAUACACCAGUGAGAAAUUCCUUGAAAUUUGUAAGUUGUCUGGGUUCACGUCUAAGCUUGUUCCAGCUAUCCAGAAUGCCCACAAGAAUUCCACUGGAUCUGGAAGAGGAAGGGGACUGAUGGUGUUAACUGAACCCAUUUUGAUUGAAACCUACAUGGGGCUGAUGUCAUUCAUUGGAAACCGCAACAAACUUGGCUAUUCCCUUGCCCGUGGGAGUAUUGGUUUUUGAGACUCUAUUUGGUGUAUGGGUAUGUCAUCCAUCAAUAUAUCUUUAUUGAAGAUUCUGUUUCAGAUCACCAUAUUUUUGGACUAAAACAAUUAAUUACUUUUAAAUACUACUACAUGAUGUUGAAUACUUAGUGUCUUAGGAAAUCUAAAAGCUUGAUUAAACUGAUAGAUGCACACCUCAGACCUCAUAUAUGAAUAAUCAAAUUUCCUAAAACCAGAAAAGACAUUCUCUUAAGCUCCUCAAAUAAUGUUGUCAAUGAAUACCUGCUCAUAAACUGAGGGCAGACUCUCUGGGUUCUUAUUCUUCUGUCCUCUAAAUGUAGGCAUUUUCUGGAUCUUGAUCUUGAGCGCUUUGAUUCUGAUCUUUUCUUUUAUUGGGAUCUGACUGUAUUAUUUUAGCUACUCUUUUUAUGAAGAUGACUUCCCAAUCCUUAUUGCUAUCCCUGAUAUUUCUUCAAGAUUCAGUUUUGUAUUUCUUUCUGCUGUUCAUAUAUAUCUGUGUUCCAGUGGCCACUCACAUUCAGCAUCUUCAAAAUCCUGGAGUUCUCUGUGGCAUUUUUAUGGUUCCAGUCAUCAUCCCUGAAAUCCAUCAGUUCUGAUAUAUCUAAAUUCCUUGCCAAAUAAUUUUAUAUGGUAUCUUUCUUAGUUUGUUUAGGCUGUUAUUACAAAAUACCACAGACUGGGUGGCUUAUAAACAACAGAAAUGUAUUUCUCACAGUUCUGGAGGCUGGAAUUCAGAGUUCAGAGUGCCAGCAUAGUCAGGUGAGGGCCCUCUUCCCGGGUUACAGACUUCUUGUCAUAUCCUCACAUGGUAAAGGGGCAAGAGAGUUCUCUUGUGCUUCUUUUAUAAAGGCAUUAAUCUUAUUCAUGAGGGCUCUGCUUUCAUGAUCGAAUCACCUCCCAGAGUCCCCACUUCUUAAUACCAUCACAUUGGACUUUAGGCUUUCAGCAUGUGAAUUUUGGGGGGACACAAACUGUCAGAGCAUAGCAGUACCAAAUUUAUGUGUGGCUUGGUAUUGUACCCCAAUGCCCAGAUGUCAAACUUAAAGUUCAUUCUUCUUUAAAAAUUGUUCAUGAACUCCUUUGCCUUUCCAUUUUCACAGGUAUAUAUUAUUAGAUCAAGUCUCUAAUUCUGUUCCCCUGGGUAAUUUUGCCAUAGCCUUUUAUUUGGAAUCUUUGAUCUGAGCUUGACUCUAUUCUAAUCCAUUCUGCAUUUGGUUGCCAGAUUUCUAAAGCACAAUUUGACCCUAUCACUCCCUGCUCAAGAACUUUUAAUGGCUCAUUUUCUUCUGCAGUUUUUUGUUCAAGUAUUUAUCUCAUUUUAUUUUCCAAUAGCAGACCCUUUCCUUCUAUUGAAAUCUGUUUUGGACUCCCAAAAUGUAAAACAGAUAGAAGUGAGGCCACUAAGAUUGAAGUGGACAUGGGAAUGCCUCUGGAUUCCUCUUUUUGGGGGGUCUCAGAGGUGCCCCCUGUGGAAUGCCAAUGGGUCCCAGAAAGUUUUGAGGAGCAUGUUUUCAAAAAUACUGUCCUACCUUAUUCUGUUUCCUUUGCUCUUUUCUCUGAUAUUUUCUCUUUUUCUUUCCCUGAUGAACACCUCAGGAGAUUAUCACAUCUCUUCAAGUUUUGCCUUUUCAAUUUUACAAUUUUAUUUUUUUAAUCUGUUUUGGGAAGAAGCUUUGAAUGAUGAACACCAUAAAUGUUAUUAUAAUCAGAUUUUCAUGUCUGUCUCAAGACCCAAAGUUAAGAUGCCUUGGUUGGUAUUCAAGUUAAAACCUACAGCUAUUUUGUUGUUGUUGUUGUUGGGGGGUGGGUUGUGCAGAGUGUAUUUUUAAAGGCUUUUUUUCUAAAAAUUUAUUUCCUCAAUUUCAAAGAUUUGUUCUCCGAUUCAUUAACAAACAUCAAUUGGAUGCAGGCAUUCAAAACCCACACUUUGAAUAACCCUCAUUUUAUUUAGUCUUUGUCUUUGUUUACUUCCAUUAGCAUUUCUCUUUCUCUCCCUCUUUCUAAAAUCCUUCCCAGCACCUACUCCCCCCCAAGCCCCCGCCCCAUGAUGGCAAAUAUUGUUAUAGUCCCCAAGGCAGAGAACUUCUAUUCAGACUGUAAAAGGAAAUGUUGAAAUCCUUAGCUGUCCUGUCAACAGUAGUGGAAUGAAAAGUCGUUGGAUUGUUUUGGCAGUGGUUCUGAAGCAGGCAUAAUUGGCAAAUUAUUAUAACACUGCUGCCCGAAAAUCCCUAUUUGCCUCAAGAUAGUGGCAUUUGUUGGCAGAAGCAUCUGAAAUGUCCAGCACAUUCUUUUGAGUUACCAUUUAAGGAUCAGCCUGACAAUAGACUUCUUUCUGCACAUUUGUCCUCCUCGUAACCUGGGACAGACUGUUCCGAAGUGACUUUCUAAAGGACACAGUACAGCACCAACUCUGCAAAAGGUUGAGGGGAGGGAGAUGUCUCUUAGCCCUGAGGUCUAGCCUCUAACAAAUAGGAUAAGCAUUUAAUAACACCAAAACUGUUUAACAUGGAGAAGAAUGAACUUAGAGAUGACAGGAGAAUGCUUUUCACAUUUUACAAAGACUGUCUAGUGGAAUAUCCCAUAAACUGAUACGUGGGACCUAGGAAGCAGGUUAUUACCAGGUUAUUACCAGUUAUUACCAUUCCAUGAAAGGAUUCAGGAAUCUGGAAGGCAGUUUAAGAUAAGAAAGAACUUCUUUUAGGUAGGAAUGUCAAAGAUGGAAUGGGCUGCUCCUUAGAAAAGGGAGCCUGCCAUCACUUGAUGUGUUCAAGUAGGGACUAGAUUACGUGGAUAUUGUGAACAGAAUUGGUAGAUGGGUGAUUGAUAUCAUACUUUAAGGCUAGAGGCCUUAUUAUGAUCCUCCAAAGAAUUGUUGCUAAUGAUUAGAUAAUUAAAUGUUUUUUUUCCUUUGGAAAGAAUUGAAUCAUUCAAAUGAGACCCUAGAAAAUUACCUUAACUUUCCUAAGAUUUAAUUUCCUCAUCUGUAAAAUGGAUACAGUGAUACCUUUACUGCCCACUGCAUAAAGAUCUUGUGAGGACUGAAUGAAAUGAGGUUAAAUGAUUGUGUCAAGUAAAACAAAAACAAAAGCAGAAACAAAACAUUGAGUACCUGCCUGUAGAGUGGUUAAGACUUGGAAGCAGAAAGUAGGACAACAUCCAAAGGAAUUAUAUUUAGUUCCCUCUGGGAAAUUUUCCUUGGUCACUAUAGACCUACUGACCAUCAUUCUCCCAUUUGACACAUGGUGUUCUCACUUGGGUUCCUUGUCCAUAAGCGCAACAGGAAAUACAAACCACAAACCAGGGGACCUACUAUAUGCCUGGGCUUUUCAUUCAGGCUAUCAUCUGAAAUAUACCAAUAAAGUUUCUGGAAGGGACAUCAUAAAUUUGAUUGGGAAUAGGAUUAUUUACAAGAGGCAUUAAGUAUUGGGCAUAUCACCAUAAAAAUGUCAUGGCUGGCCAUCUUCUUUAUCUGAUCUUUAUCACAUUCAGGGAUAUUUUCCCAUUAGAAAAUCCCCGAUAUGUCUCUUCAAAAACUGCUUGAACAUCUUCAUGGACAGAUUGUUCAAGGUCUCCUGAUACAUUGUGGGUCAUUCUGAUGGUUAGAAUAUUCACCUUCUUUUGAUUUAGACUCUGUAACAUCCAUCUGCCAUCUCUUUCAGGAAAAAAAAAAAAAAAUUAUUUUGCUGGAGUGGGGUUAGCUUGGGUUUUCUCACUGGGAUGUGGGAUAUUUGGGUACAGAGGCAAGGUUGGUAGAUUCUCUAAUGUUUACAAGAAGGAGAGCUGUCAAGAAAUGCUAAGCCUGACCUUCAAGUGGGCAACUGGGCCCCUUUGGAGGCCUGACCUUUGGCAAUUCUCUAAGGCGGAAAAGAGAAGCCAGUUGGUGUGCUCUGGAUCUUUUGCCUUGAGGCCUGUUCUCCUUGUUCCCUUGCUGAAGCAACACUAAGAAAGCCAAUGCACAGAGCCCUGGGGCUAAGGAGGCAUAGAAACCUCACAACCCAAGGCUUUCAUUUCACAGAACAGGAAGCAAAGGCGUUGAAACUGGAAAAAAAAAAA